AUGAAGCCAGGAAACCGCACAUUUGAUGUCUCUGAAUUCCUCCUCCUGGGCCUGUCUGAGCAGCAAGGACAGCAGCCUCUCCUCUUUGGCAUCUUCCUGGGCAUGUACCUGGUCACUGUGGUGGGGAACGUUGUCAUCAUCCUGGCCAUUGGCGCUGAUCCACACCUCCACACUCCCAUGUACUUCUUUCUGGCGACCUUCUCCCUCACUGACCUAUGCUUAUCAUCUACCACGGUACCCAGAAUGCUGGUGAACAUUCAGGCUCACAGGCGUACCAUAACCUACACUGGAUGCCUCUCUCAGAUUUACUUCUUCCUGUGGUUCAUUGGUCUAGAUGUUUUCCUCCUGGCGGUGAUGGCAUAUGACCGGCUUUUGGCUAUUUGCUACCCGCUUCACUAUACCUUGGUCAUGAAUCCCAAAUGCUGUAUCCUGCUGGUGGUCAUGUCCCUAAUCCUCGCUCAUUCAUACUCUCUAACCCACACCCUUCUCUUGGCUCAACUGUCUUUCUGCACUGACAACAUCAUCCCCCACUUCUUUUGUGAACUUCUCUCCUUGUUGAAGCUCUCUUGUUCCAAUACUUAUGCCAACCAAUGUGUGCUGAUCUACUGGGGAGGGGCAUUAACCAUCCUGAUCCCCUUGCUAAUCAUCAUUUCUUAUGUCCGGAUUGUGGCUGCCAUUGUGAAUGUCCCAUCGGCAACGGGGAAGUGGAAGGCCUUCUCCACCUGUGGCUGCCACCUCUCUGCAGUUUGUUUAUUCUAUGUGUCUGCUAUUGGGGUGUACUUCAUUCCCUCCACGGCCGAUUCCACCAGCAAGGACAGGAUUGCGGCAGUGAUGUAUGCUGUGGUGACUCCCAUGCUGAAUCCAUUCAUCUACAGCCUGAGAAACAAAGACAUGAAGAAUGCCUUGGGGAGACUCCUGAGUAGAAGAGCAAUGAUAUCCCCAUGA